AUGGCCGAGACCAAGCCCCAGACGGUGCAGGAUCUCACCCUGGUGGUGCAGACACUCCUGCAGCAGAUGCAAGGUAAAUUUCAGACCGUGUCCGACCAGAUCAUCGGAAGAACUGAUGACAUGAGCAGUCGCACUGUUGACCUGGAGAAAAAUAUCACAGACCUUAUGACAGAGGCUGGGGUGGAAGAGCUGGAUGGUGAAAACAAGAACCCUGCCACACAGAAGAGUUAA